AUGUCGGAAGUCGAACGGCUGGAGGCCAUGAACCAGUUCGCAGCGCGUCGCAAAGCCGGCCUCGACAACACUGAGGACUCUGUCGCCAAAGCUGCGGCAGAUGCCUUUUCCCAAGGGGCUAAGCAGGUGAUGCUGCCCGCGAAGACGGAGUCGGAAUUACCAGAGAGGUCCGGCUGGGUGAAACGCAUGGCGGAGAGUUUGGGCUUUCUCUCAAGCUGGGAAUGGCGCUGGCUGGUGCUCAAGGAUUGCCGAGCGGCGUGGUUUGAGGGUCCAGACAAGAGACGCUUGCAUGGCGUGAUCGAUUUCGAGCUUGUGGAUGUGGAGAUCGAGCGGCUUUGGGAUGAUCCGUCGACCAGCGAAGCCUCGCGUAGCCAAGGCAUCAGAAGAGGCAAAGAUCGUGGGUGUCGGGCGGUUUGCAUUUCCGGCUUCUUCAGCUCCGAUGAAGCCUACUUCCGUCUUCUGCCGGUGGGGAGCAAUCGGGCCUUCGAGUUCGGAGUCGCCACACGGAAGGAGGCUGGCUACUGGAUCGACGAUCUGGGUGCGCACCUGGAGGAGGCAGAUCGCCGCUGCGAGGGCCGACCACGACUAAGUGCCGAGAGGCUGAACGCCUUUCAGCGCAGCCGCAUCAAAAAUGCCUGGUGGAAAGUGAGUCGGAUCUCACCGGAGACGUUUAAACAUGUCGCGGCAACCGGCGAUAUUUUGCUUUUCAAGUCCAAGGGCACCUUCCCAAGGCUGAUUCGCGCAGCUUCAGCUGGUACAUCACGGCACGGUCGCUUCGAUCAUGUGGGUCUCAUCUUGAGACUGGAAGGUGACACGAUCGGCAUCUUGGAAGCCACAGGCAACGAGGGUGUUGGAUUGUGCACCUGGAGAACUUUCCUUGCCAAUGGCUGGCAGAACUUGUAUCCAGAACUGGCUUUGAGACGCGUGCGAUGCCCGCGAACUGCUGAGGCGCUGUCUACCCUCCAGGAGUGGGUCGGCAAGGUCAUCGGCAAGCCAUAUAACCUCUCCGUGAGCAAGCUACGACACCGAGGGUCGACCGGCGGUGGACAGCAGGACUUCUUCUGCUCACAGCUGGUGGCUGAAGCACUGAAGGUCCUCGGCGUCAUUCCAAGAGGCCAGAAGGACUCUGCAGAGUUCUGGCCCUCGUCAUUUUCUGCCAGGAGCUCACCAAUACCUUGCUCACCUGGAUGCAGUUUCGAUCCUGAGGAUUUGACAAUUGAUUUCAGUUUGAGCGGCCAGACAGCCACGGAAAGUAGCGGAUCUGCUAAGCGUGAUGCAACUGUAAGUUUGUGGUGA